AUGCUGAUAGUGAUGCUGAUAAUGCAAUUCCACUUUUUCUUCCAUCACGAUUUAAGUGCUUUGCUGAUUCAUAUGCAAGAAUGUUUCAUGCUCAAAUCCAGAGGUGUUGAAGAUAUUAUUUUCAAUGAAAGGAAAAAAAAACUCACGGUCGAGUCAAUAUUACAUACUUGGGUAAUAGAUUUAGAUGACUUGGAGACUGAGAAUUGUUUACUACAGAGGAAUGGCAUGAAAAUAGGAACGAUAUUAAAUCUAAGUGAUGUGCUUGAAACAACAUCAUAUCGGGACAGAAUGAAUCUUUUAAUCGAGAAAAGCACUUUGAUGCCGAAUGGACGAGUAUUUGACGAGCUUUGA